CUAUGUGCAUUUCCACUACUACCUUUCCCAAAUUCUCAAAUACUCUCGUACUCCCAAAUUUAAAAAAAAAAACCCCACCUCGCUCUGAGUAAACCCUAUCAGAACGCCACCACCAUCGCCGUCGGUAGUCAUAGCCAGUGGCUGCCGUCAAGCCAGUCUCCGUCUUCCUCCUCGGCUCUGUCUUCGAGCCCCCGCUCUCUCCCUCUCUGUCUUCGAUCCUCUUCUCCUUUACGUCGUCGCCCCCCGUCUGUUUCGUUCCUCCGUCGCCGUCAGGUCGAUCUCUUGGUGAAUUGGGGUCUCAAUUGACCUUUGUUGGAUUUAAUUUUUCCUCUUAGAGGCUUGAGGGUUUCGGUGUUUCAUCUCUAUCGCAACCAUGUUUACCCGAAUUUUUGGUAAACCUAAACAGGAGGCCAAUACUCUAACCACAUUGGACAAGUUAACCGAGACCCUUGAAAUGCUAGAGAAAAAGGAGAAAGUGCUCGUUAAAAAGGCAGCAGCAGAAGUUGAAAAAGCCAAAGAAUUCACCAAGGCAAAGAAUAAGAGGGCGGCAAUACAAUGUUUGAAGAGGAAGAGGCUGUAUGAGCAGCAAAUAGAGCAGCUUGGAAAUUUCCAGUUGCGUAUUCAUGACCAGAUGAUAAUGUUAGAAGGUGCCAAGGCAACCACAGAAACAGUUGAUGCAUUGAGAGUUGGAGCAGCUACUAUGAAGGCUAUGCAAAAAGCAACGAACAUUGAUGAUGUUGACAAGACCAUGGAUGAGAUCAAUGAGCAGACUGAGAACAUGAAACAAAUUCAGGAAGCAUUGUCAGCUCCAAUUGGUUCAGCUGCUGAUUUUGAUGAGGACGAAUUGGAAGCAGAACUUGAAGAGCUAGAAGGUGCUGAGUUGGAAGAACAACUUCUUCAGCCUGCAACUACAGCUCCCGCAGCUCCUGUACAUGUCCCAGCUGGGCGGCAACCUAAUCGUCCUUUCCCUGCAAAGCCUACUGCUGAAGAAGAUGAAUUGGCAGCUUUGCAGGCUGAGAUGGCUCUUUGAGAAGGCACUGAUAUGCAUGAUAAGUGGCCCCUAAAGAAUUUCAACCAGUGACAUGGAAUAUUCUGCCUCUUCGUGAUCCGUAUGUGUGUAAAAAUCAUUGAGCAGAGAAUGUAUAUAAAGGUGACAAAUAUUGAAAUGCCCUAAAAAAUAUAGUUUGAGUUUGUCACCCAUUUCGAUGUCUUAUUUUAAAAGAAGUUGAAAACCCCCACUCUUGUGUAGUUUUUGCCAUCCAUUGAUGCAAUUCGGUUAACUAUUUCUUUUGGAACCCAGUCCAAUUGACAUUGCCAUUCAGAUUUUUUUAUAUAUAUAUGGAAAAUUAUCCCGUGUUGCAUGUACGAAA